ACGAAAGACGUCGGACCUGAUCUGGGCAGCUGCGUGUCUGAUGAUGCAGCACUGCGGCGUAAGCGCGUAAGGCUGCAUUAUAAAAUGACUUUGUUUUCGCUCUUUUGUUGUUCACACCACCCCCAGUGCAUCGACCUCCGGUCUUUGUUCUCUCAGUGUAUAUAAUGUCUGCCGUGAUCCCCUUUGACAUCCCCUCACCCCGAGCCUCCACCCCUUCAUCAGAGUCUUCCUUGUCGUCUUCCAUGUCGUCGUCGUCUGGCUUGUAUGUCCCCAUUCACAAACGCACUGCAAGCAGGAGCUCUUCUACCUCGCGUGCCACUACUCCAGAGUCAGCCAGUGGUCUACGCUUAAGCUCUCGUUUGCCGAUAUACAACAUUACCGAGCUCUUGAACAUCGGACACCACUCCUAUCUCGCAGACAUCUCAUGUGACGCAAAGACCAUGCUCCAUGAUCGUUUCCCGGAGAUUGUCAAGGGGCUAGAAUGGAAGCCACCGCGAAACGGUCAUGAGAAGAGGGCUGGGGGGAAGCCGAAUCCUCGCAGGCAGCCAGGCAGAACCAAGUUGGAACGGUCAAAUCGCAGGAAGGGUAGCAAAGUUGCGGAGGAGCUGAGUUGGAGGGGGAGAACUGGGGUGCGUACGACCGGCCCAGCAGUUCCUUUGACGCCGACAGUGCAGGUCGCGUAAGGGGGAUGCGAAUCGGAUAGGCGGAUUCGGAGAAGCACUUUGAAUGCUGUACAAGAUAGAACGGAACAGAAACUCAUGAUGUGUAUUAAUAACGAUUGUUUUAUUGCAUUGCAUUCAUCGAACUAGAUAUUUACCGUCUGAUCCUAGGCGUCGAAAUUUGUACUGACCAAG